AUGUUAUGUUCUUCAGCAUUCACUCCUUUGAAACCACUCCCUACAAUAAUGUUGAGCCAUCUUGCGGUUAUCUUUAUAUCACUUGUCAGUGCGGCACUCGCUGAUACCAGCUAUGACUCUACCACUACCAUUACACUUACUCCUACGAUCACAAUGACUACUACUAUUGGUUACAUCGAAGAAAUUUUUGAAACGGCGUACAUCUAUACCAAUUCAUACAGUUCGCUUACUACAACCACUGCUACUGGUAGCACCAGGUACAUUUUAGCAACGGGCACACCAUCCUCUACUUCUGAUGAGGCAGAGGUCAGCUCUAGUGUGUCUAUUACACUUGGUUCUGCUAAAUCAGAGGCGGAAGCAAGUUCGAUUGUUUCUGACUCCAGUUCAGCUGUUUCCUCGGGUUCCAAUUCAGCUAUUGUCUCGGGCUCCAAUUCGGCUGCUACCUAUGGCUCCAAUUCAGCUAUUACCUCUGGCUCCAGCUCAGUUAUUACCUCUGGCUCCAGUUCGUCUAUUACCUCUGGCUCCAGUUCGUCUAUUUCUUUCCCAUCAUACUCAGCUUUGUCGGAUGCGGCAGCCGCAGUGUCAGAAUCAACUACUUCCAUCCCAAAAGGUGACUAUUCUACGUCAACAUCCGCGACUACCACUACAUUCCAAGAUGGAUCCUCGGCUGUUAUUGAAUAUGUCGUUUUGUAUACCCAAGACUGUUAA